AUGUACCGUUGCAUUGAUAUACACCCGGACGACACUCACUAUCAAUACGUUUUGUGCCAAGAUAACGAUAAUUUAGGCAUUCAAACAUACGCUCUUCAAACCGUCACAUUCGGCCUUGCAUCAUCACCAUAUCAGGCAAUUAAAACCAUUCAUAUGGUAGCCGAAAAAAUCAAAGCCAUUUCACCAACUGUUUACACCGCAUUUAAACUCGAAACUUAUGUAGAUGACAUCACAACAGGUAGCGAGACCAUCGAAAAUGCCAUCGAGAUGAUUCAAAGAAUCAUUCAUUUGCUGCGAAGUGCCGGCUUUGAGCUCCGUAAGUGGGCUAGUAAUUCACCUGAGAUUCUUCAACAAAUUCCCAUUGAGUAUCAUGAUCAAAAUACCAUGUGUUUGUUCAAUGCCGAAGACGCUAUCAAAACACUCGGUUUGGGAUGGUCCAGCAUCAAAGACUUGUUCACAUUUUGCGUUAACUUUCCAACCAAUAAACAACUCACAAAACGCAAUGUGUCAUCUACAGUCGCUCGCUUAUUUGACCCACUUGGAUGGCUCAAUCCAUUUGUAACCAAAGAAAAAUUAUUUUUGAACAAAUUGUGGGAGAGUAAAUUUGACUGGGACGACAUUAUAACUUCUAUCGACCUUAAAUCUGAAUGGGAAAAAACUUUUGAUCAACUUCAAUUUAUCAAAGAAAUCGAAAUUCCUCGUUGGAUUAACACAUCAUCAACCAACAAAAAUAAUGAGCUUCACGUUUUUUGCGAUAGUUCAAACAGGGCAUACGCUACAUCAAUUUAUCUCAGAACAAUCGAUUCAAAUGAGAAAAUCCAUGUUAAUUUAAUCAUGGCUAAAAGUAAAUUGACACCAAUGCGCAAGCCGUUAACAACACCUCGCUCCGAAUUAUGUGGUGCCGUUUUAGCAGUAAAAUUGCUUGAACUGGUAAAAAAAUCAUUGAGAAUCCAAUUCAAUAAUGUUUUUAUGUGGACUGAUUCCAGCGUCGUUUUGUCAUGGAUUCGAGGAGAUCCAAAUCGUUGGUCAGUUUUUGUUUGUAAUCGAAUUCACAAAAUUCUAUCGUCAACUAAAAUUGGACAAUGGCACCAUGUCCGCACGUUUGAAAACCCAGCUGAUCUUAAUAGCCGUGGGCUUACUAUCAUCGAACUGCGUGACUCAUCACUAUGGUGGCAUGGACCACAAUUUCUUUCGCUACCCCAAUCUGACUGGCCAGAUUCACCAUUCGAAGUUCAUGACGACGAUCGAAAUGAGCUCCGUUCAAAGGUGAAAUCAAUUAACCUCAACAUCAAAGAAGAAGUGUCCAGCGUCAAUACACUCAUGCAACGUUUUUCAAAUUUCAACCGUCUUCGUCGUGCACUGGCAUACGCCAUUCGUUUCGUGAAAAUUGUUCGCUCUUCAAUCAAGCUCAAAUUGCCACGACCAUCGAAAUCAAUGCUAUCGAUUCCAAGAAAGGAACUCAUUGAACUAGUUCCUACACUCACCGUCGAUGAAAUUCAAAACAGUGAACUUUCACUUAUUCGGUGGAUUCAAUCAAAUGAAUUCUCAUGUGAACUCAAAACUAUUCAAGAUCAAAACCCAAUCAAGAAAUCCAGCAAAUUAUAUCGACUUAACCCAUUCAUCGACAACAACAACAUUCUUCGUGUCAACGGUCGUUUACAAAAUGCAUUUAUGUCAUUUGAAGAAAAAUUUCCAAUAAUUCUCCCUUCGAAAAGCUACAUUGCAAAGUUGAUCACGGAUUAUUAUCAUCGUCUUACAUUACACGGUGGACCUCAAGUGACGGUCAAUCAAAUUCGCCAAAUUUAUUGGAUUCUUGAUGUACGCAAUUUCGCACGACAUUUUAUAAACAAGUGUGUCAUUUGUUUCAAAGCACGUCCAGUCUUAUCACAACAACAAAUGGCUGCAUUACCAACUGCGCGUGUUAAUACUAAUUCACGACCAUUUGCAUCGACUAUCGUUGACUACGCGGGCCCUUAUGAUAUUCGUGCUUCAAAAGGCCGCGGUCAAACUUCAUACAAGGGUUACGUUGCCGUUUUCACAUGUAUGACUACGAAGGCUGUUCAUCUAGAAGCAGCUGGUGAUCUCACAACACAAACAUUUCUCCAUGCGUUCGACCGAUUUGUCGCUCGUCGUGGAUUUUGUCAUGAUGUGUUUAGCGAUUGUGGGACUAACUUUGUUGGUGCCAAUAACGAGAAUCUAAGACUCUACAACAAAUUUAUUCAAUCAAUCGAAAAGGAAAUCAUACCAGCACUAGCAAAUCGACACAUUCAAUGGCAUUUAAGUCCACCGGGAGCACCGCAUUUCAAUGGAUUAGCCGAAGCAGCUGUGAAAAUAAUGAAAUUUCACUUAUCAAGAAUAAUUGGAGAUGCAAAACUCACAUUCGAGGAAUUUUCAACUGUCUUGGCUCGCAUUGAAGCUGUUCUCAACUCUCGUCCGAUUUCGCCAGUCACUGAGAAUGCAAAUGACUUCACGGCAAUAACACCGGGACAUUUUCUGACGGGAAAUGCUCUCUUAUCACGACCUCAACGACCCUCAGAAUUAAAUCCGAUCAAACGACAUCAACUAAUGGAGUCAAUGGUUCAACAUUUUUGGAAACGUUUUAAGGAAGAUGUCUUGUCCAGCAUGCAAAUUCGUACAAAAUGGCGAACCAAGCAACCUAACAUCAAAGAAAAUGAUUUAGUAACCAUCAAAGAUGAUCGUUUUCCAGUCGGUCAUUGGCCCAUGGGACGUGUCAUUUCAUUACAUCGAGGAAGCGACGAUCUCGUUCGAGUUGUUACAAUCAAAACACCCACCGGCCUUUUGAAAAGACCAAUCGUUAAACUCGCUUUGAUACCAAGCACUGUCCAGCCAUAA